CUGGUUUUACAGGGGAUACAAAGCACAAUGUCAGUGCAUCAUUCUCUGCAGUAUAUUUACACGGCAUCAACUGGAAUUAAUAGCUUUCCAGACUUUGUGGCUGUUGGUCUGGUUGAUGGAACUGAGGUCAUGUACUAUGACAGCGACAUCAGGAAAGCAAUCCCCAAACAAGACUGGAUGAGGAAAGUCACAGAGGAUGAUCCACAGUACUGGGACUUUCAAAGUCAAGGUUUAUAUGAAACCCAGAUGUCAUUCAUAAACAGCAUUGAAGUUGCAAAGAAACGAUUGAACCAAAGUAGAGGUGUUCACAUCUUCCAGAAUAUGUAUGGCUGUGAAAUUGAUGACGAAUAUGAAAGAGUUGAAGGCUGGGAAAGCUUUGGUUAUGAUGGAGAGGACUUCAUAGCAUUUGACCUGAAAACAGAGAGAUGGUCUGCUCCAGUACAUCAGGCUUUCAUCACCAAAAACAAAUGGGAUUAUGAUAAAAUGAAGGUGGCAGAGACAAAGAACUACAUCACCCAGACGUGUCCUGCUUGGCUGAAAAAGUAUUUGAAGUAUGGGAAGAACUCCUUGGUGAGAACAGAUCAUCCCUCAGUGUAUUUUCUCCAGAAGUCUUCCUCCUCUCAAGUCAGCUGCCAUGCUACAGGUUUCUAUCCCAGCAGAGCUGAAAUGUUUUGGAGGAAAGAUGGAGAGGAGAUUCAUGAGGAUGUGAACAAAGGAGAAAUCCUCCCCAACAAUGAUGGGACCUUUCAGAUGAGAGUCGACUUAGAUCUUUCAUCCAUUUCAUCUGAUGACUGGAUGAGAUAUGAAUGUGUGUUUCAGCUUUCUGGUCUCAAAGAGGAUCUUGUCACUAAACUGGAGAAAGAAAAAAUCAGGACCAACAAAAGUAAAUGAGAUAUCGUCUUGAUACUCAUUGUAACAGUAUCUUUUUGUUUGUUGGUUUUA